GUGCAGUUUUAUGGCUAGCCUGUCGCCAUCACUUUUACGAGUUACAUAUUAAACACGUCUGGUCUGCCGUAAUCGGUGAUUCUAAUAGUCCCAUCGAACCGCUUUUGAAAAGAUUUCAACAAGAAUGGGAAAACUUGGAUCGCGAUACACACAAUCUCUGUUUAUUUGAAUGGCCCGAUGACGAAGAGUCGUUUUCUUAUCAACAAGGAAGAAAAGUGUUAGAUUGGGGUCAGUCUCAUCUAGCAUCUCAGAGUUUUCCUAGAGAAGAUUAUAGGGAGUUGAUCGAGUUGACCGUGAUAUUUCUAGGGGGGACUCUUCCUGCGGGAAGAAAUUUCCAGUUUCGAAAACCAGGCGCUCAUCAUAGAGCCCGGUUUAUGCACAUAGCAAUUUACGCAUUAAAGAUGCAAAUGCUGUCUGAACGUUUUCAACUGGAUAAAAAUGAACUUUCUCAAAUUAAAACAAUCUCGGAUUAUAUUGUGUUGUUCCAUAGUAUGGCGUUUUUGCGCUCCCGUCUCGCUAGUUGUGCACCUACGGUUGACCUUCAAUUCAUAGGAGGAAUGUGUCAAUACCGGGAAGAUGGUGAAUCACAAAAAAUAGUAGCGGAUGCUGCGCUAUCGUCUUGCAAAAAACACCUUUGGUAUUUAACGGAGGAACUUGUCAUUUUAGCAAUUUUUGAUGGAAGGAAUUCUCAUUUCUGGCGAACAAUGAUGAUAAACAAACUGAAAAAGAUUCCACGUCCUACAUCAUUUGUUUCAGCCAAGCCGAAAAUGCCACAGUUUGAGAAUACUAUUCCUACCUUGAUUGACCUCAUCGGCCAGCGAUCAUGGCUCAUUUUCCAUCUUCUACGUUGCACAAGCAAAGAAAUAGAGUGGAUGCAAUUUGAAUCAUCACACUGGGAAAAAUUUGAAGACUACAGAUUUCUUCGAGACAUCAUCAAUGGAAUGGAAGUAGUAAAUGACAGCGCGGAGCGCGGAGUUAAGCUGAUUACCGACUUCAGAAAUGUUGUCCAUAAUGAAGAACAACAACAGUUUUUACUUCAAGUUGUAGAAAACCAUCGUCAACAAGUAUCUUUAAAUGGGAGAAAAGAACAGUUAGGUUGAAUUUAAUUUGAUUUAUCACCGAUUGUAUCAAAACACCGAAAAAAAUAAAAAGACAUUGAAUUUCA